GCUCUACUCUAGAUUUGUCACGCCUCGUUCCGAGCCACCAUGCUCUAGUCGAUACAAUCUGAAGCUGCGUCCGCUUGGUAGCACAAUCUCAAGAUGCGGUCCAGUCAGGAGUCGUCGCGCCGGCACUCCAUGUCGUCUGAGGACGAGUUUGUGCGCCCGCACCGUGGACGGCUGGACAGUGCCUCGCAAGGCCCCCGGCGUGUUCGGUUGCCUAGGUCCAAAUCAGCUUCAAACAUGCUAGAUGCGUACGGCGAUGCAACAGCCACCAUCGAGGACGAGCUGCGCGAUGUGGUACGUGAGCAGGUUGACCGUCAGGCCUUACAGGAGCUUGCAGAGUUCUUGAGGACCACCGGUCCACGGUCUCAAUCUGCCCAGAAUCGAUACGACGAAUGCUUCCGAGUGCCAAGCAGCGGUCCAGGCCCCAAGCGAUGGUCAUUCCAGACUCUGAAGAGUCGUAUGUCGAAACUGGAGCGAACAUCACUCCAGCCGCUGCCGGAGAACGCCCGCCCUGGAAUCACCACCAAGGGUAACCGCUUCCUGGCAAUCUCGGUGCCGGAGCCUGACGUCGUGGAUGGUCCCUGGGGCCGGUCGCAGUAUCCGGUGUAUACUGCAGACUCGGAGAAGCAACUGGCUUGUCCAGAGAGCCCAUCCUGGCCGGCUAGGAUCUCCUCGCGAGGAGCACUCAGUCCGACGAGCCCGGCAGGCUCAAACGCUCCACUGUCGCUCGACCUGCCGACAUUUAGCAGUUUCAAAUUCGAUGUAGAGCAAUCGUCAGCAAAAUCAAGCGACUUUGCAGAGCUCAACAGGGUACUUGAACAGCAUCUCUCGUUGGUGACCGACAGCAGUGCACAAGAUUCGGCCCCGGCUUCUCGGAGCCCAGUUCAAACGUCGCCGCUUGAUCUGGACCAGGGCACUGGCAUCAUUUCAAUCAGACCUCGCAACGCAGUCUCAUCCAUGCACUCCAGAGAGAGAACUGCAUCAUCAAUAUCAAAUCGUCUAAGGCUACAGCCCCAUAUCGACAUUGAAACGGUAGCCAGUGGAGCCCAUGAUAGCACCCUCCCACCCAAUAUCAGCCGGAACCCCGAUCUUACCAGUUUCAGCACCCGCUCCGCCGUUACUCCACCUUGCAUGGAACAACCUGAGAAACAAAACUUCCCCGAGAUACGUCUUGACACGCUCGAGGAGCCUUCAGUACUUCCCUUGAGGCUUCACGCUCGAGGAUUGUCCGCGUUUCCGCAGACAUCGCCACCAGGGUCGCCGCCUUCAUCUAGGAAGCCCAGGCCGGCAAAACUCACGGUUGGCUCGAGCUUGACGGUGCCGGAGGAAACGAUACUUCCAGACUCGCCAGGGUUCCCCCUGAUGCUGGCAGCCAUGAACUUCCCGUCACCACCAAAAAGUACUCCGGGGCACAGUCCAACCAGUAGUGUCAGCUCUUCAGGGCCCCGACCUCCUUCGGCACAAGCGACUCGGCCUCUGGCGAUACAACCCCGGACCUCGAGCCUGCGUUCGAACAAGGACCAGACAUUUUCUUUGGACGAAAUGCUCAUGAAGUUUGCCCCAAAGUCGCCGCCACCAGCUCCAUCCACCGAGCUUGUCCUCGAGGACGGUGUCUCGUUGCCUGACCCAUCCUUCUCUGUGAUCCUUCCCAUGCAGCCUUCUUCUGCGUCACCCUUCCCGAAGAAAGAGGAAACGACCAUAACGAACGUGACAAUGGAAUCACUAUCUGAUGGGAAAAUGUCAAGCGCGGAGUUGACUGUCCGGCCUCCUGAGCCAGACGCAGAGGAUUUUGAACUAGAGGAGCAGGCACCCGUGCCCGACAUCAAAGCUGGGGAAGCUCAAUGCGCGAUCUCGGAGGCCAAGAUCCAAUCUUCUCAGCCGGAUGUUUCGUUAGCUUCCGAGCCGGUUGAAGAGCGUACAAACCCUAAAGUCGCACCUGCCGAGGCCACUUCUACAACGCUAGAGGACGAUGAGCCUCAGAGACCGCGUUCAUCAAGCUCUGCAUCCACUACGAAGCCGGAGCGAUGCGAAUCGUCGGUUUCAUUCUAUACAGCCGACGAGUCGCAGCGAAAUUCCAUGUGCUCAGCCAAUCUGGAUUUCCACGACUUUAACCGUCACUCCGGAAUGAGCGACGAUCCUGAUGACUUGUCUCACCUGGCCAAUUCCUACAGACAAUCUGCCACAACGAACGACUCUUAUCGCCAGUCUGGUCUAACAGAUGACUCGUACCGCCAGUCUACCCGGAGUGACACGACUUUUGCGACGGACCUGAGUUCGGCGUUAGAGGAUUUCCCAGGGAAGCAUACCACGAUGGGAUCCGGCAUUAUUCGAGCGGCGGAAGAGUCUCAGCACAUCAACAGGAGGAAGGCAUCAGUGGCAAACUCAUUCGAUAGCAGCAAUGUCGAUAUGAGCUCGUGCGCCUCGGAGAGAUCUGGCACACCUUCAUCGCUGUACUCCACACUGAACGACGAUGAGCUCCAGCCCAGGAGCAUACUGGAACGUCGCAAAGCCAGGAAGGCCAAGGUACGGGAGUACAAGCAGAAAGACUUGGCAACGGUACGGACCUCCGUGCUGCUUCAAAACCCCUUAGUAGGCAGCGACGCAGUCGACUCGCCAGUUCUGGGGUGGUUCACGCAGAGCAGCGCCAAGGCGAAGAGGAUCUCGUCUAUGGCUGUCUCGCCACUGUCUAGGGGACCAGUAAACGCACUGCCUUCGCCUAAGACGACUCCAACGGUGCAAGAUUUCUGUGGUCAUGUCGAAGAGCAUGAUGGUUUGGAACACAACGAGCCUGAGUCGGAGACGAGCAAAGCCUGUAUGGAUCGCGACUGGACCAUAUCACCGGUCAUGGUGCUUGAGAGCACUCCAGCGCACCUGGUGGCAAGUUAUCACCGCUCAACGAGGAGCACGGAGCGCAAGAACUUGACGCUAUCCCCACUAAUCGUGGUUGCGAACGUUGCUGGACGCCCGUCACCUUCAUCCAAGUUGACUUCGCCGUUGCGCCCACUCUCAUUGCUGACAACUGAGCCUGUUCCUAUCCUUCCACCUAGAUCUGCGUUGAGGCUGAAGAUCAAGCCCCAGCGACCUCUUCCAAUCAAGGUGGCGAGAAUGUCAAUAUCUGCGAUGCCCGACGCCCGCGAAGGGCCAAAGAAGCGUCACAGUAUCUCGACGAUGCCAACACCUCCAAUGUCUCCGGAAACGCAGCAGACUCUGAGGACGAGCUUUCCAGUACAGCCACUGCCAACGCCUCCCGAUUCCGGCUCCGCGGAAGCAUCCUGGGAUCGUGUCUCUCUGCAACGCAGACGCGAGAAACACCUCAUGCAGCAGAAGGAGCGUCAGGAGAACGCGUGGCUCCAGGCGCACCAGAGAGACAGGGAACUUGAGUGGCGUAUCACCGCUAUCAAAGAGCGUCUGCGCAGAGAGAAGAUGGAAAAAGAGAAAGAGCUUGCAGACAUGGUCUCGCCUUCGGCAGAGAAGCGCGCACCUAUCGCUGGAAGCGUCCCUGUAGGUGAGGCUGGCGACCGCACCAGCACUGGCAGCAGUAACAGCAACAACAGCAACAACAACCGCGUCAGCAUCGAAGUUGAGCAGCGACUGGAUCGACUGGAGAAGAGCGGAGAUGCGUACCUGCGCAUCAUGGUGCCUCUCCUCGAGAACAUGAAUCGCACGCUGACAGAGAUGCGCAAGGACGGCAUGGCCAGCACCCUAAACAUGGGUCUCAACAUGAACGACUUUGUCCCGGACAUGAACGCCGAGGCGAAGAGGAUGUCCCUUGCCGACUCCCUUGCUGCAGUACCCGCACGUCGUUCGUCCACGGCUGCCGUCACCAGCGCUACUGCCAUGCUCAACGGCAGAAGCACUCAAAACGACGAAAACACCGUCCAUCCCCGCCAUCACCUGCCCGCUCACAAGCGCGACCCCUCCGGCUCAAGCCAAUUCAGCACGGCCAGCCAGAAACUCAGUGCCCGUGUCGAGAUGAACAUGUCGCGGCCGCGUUCGCGGCGCAACACCCAGACGAGCGCGCGGGGCGAGUUCUUCGCCAUGAACCCGAAGCGGCAAUCCAUCGAUACCACGCGGCAGUCCCACGAGACGUUCCAGACCGGCCGCUCGUCAUCCCCCGAGAAGCACAUCUCGAUCAAGCCCUUGCCCAGCGUGCCGCAGUCGCCGCUGACCAAGGAGCUUCCCGCGACACCUACCGCUCCUGCAAGCGAGAAAAUCGGUGCUGUUCUCCCCACGCCGAAAGACCACCAGUCCGAGGCUCUGCAGGCCAUCCAGCGCCGCAUGGAGAAGCAGGAGGCUAUAUUUGGCCAGCUCAUGAGCGGUUGGGCGACGGACAACAAGGGCAAGAAAACCAACAAGAAGGCAUCUAGGAGGCCGCGAUCUUCGACGUUGCCGAGCAGGCAGACUGCUCUUGCUGAGGAGGAGGAGGACGACGACGAGGCGGGCUAUGCCUAGGCGCCUGCUCGUGACAAGUCUCACUUUAUGAGCC